AUACAAGCCUCUCUCUUCUACUUCUAAGCCUACAAAAUAAUUCUCUUUUCCCCAUGGGCAAGCCGUUGGUCAAUGACGAUGACAAGUCUCGUCAAGGGCAGCCGCCAAACAAUAGGCGUUGGAGGCCCUAUAUCUUGCCUGAGCUUAACCUGAUCAUUUUGCCACCCCAAUAUCCCACCAAUAGGCCUGAUGAGGAUCCUCUGAUCUCUACUGCCCAUCCAGAUUCAGAGCUAAGCAGUGAUGAUGAAGUUGAUGACGGUUGUGAAGAUGAUGGAGACUCUGAUUAUGAAGAUGAUGAGGAAGUAAGGGAACGGCUUGCUCAGCUCACUAUGAGCCGGGAGCUAGCAAUUCUGAUGGAAUGGAUGGAGGAGCUUCGCCGAGAAAUCCUUACCAUCCGUGAAGAGCUGCGAGUCCUGCAGAAGAAACUGGGAUGGAACCCUAAGAGCUUUGGUCCUUGAAGGGCAGUUCGGAAAGUGCUGAGAACAAGGAGAUUGGAAGAAAACCAAACUAUUUUCUGCUUUCAGUUCGUUGCUUUCAGUUUUAUGAUUUCAGUUUAAAGUUUUCUGUUUCGAAAUGCUAAAUGGCAGAAUGAAAUAAAAUUUGCUUUUUCAUUAGGUGUUGAUCGUUC